AUGUCUGUGACCGCCAAAGCACAGCGUAAGGAGAAAGUCAUCAAGGAGGCUGUCUCAAAGGCCCCACAAAAGAUGAAAAAGACAGCAGCAAAGCAAGAAGUUAUUCCUAAAUCAAAAGAUGGUCAUAAGCCAGAUACAACACAAUUUGAUUCAGAAUACAAUCCAAUGAAGGUUGAGAAUGCCUGGUAUUCCUGGUGGGAAAACCAGAACUUCUUCGAGCCAAAGGCCGCCGACAAGAAGUUUGUUAUGAUUCUUCCUCCACCAAACGUUACAGGUGAACUUCACCUUGGUCACGCCCUCACAGCAUCCAUUGAAGAUGCUAUCACCCGCUACCACAGAAUGUGCGGCGAAGAAUCCCUUUGGGUUCCAGGCACAGAUCAUGCAGGCAUUGCCACACAGUUCCGUGUCGAAAAGAAGAUCUACGAUGAGAAGAAGCUCCACCGUGGCGAAUACAGCCGCGAGUACUUCCUUGAAGAAGCUCACAAGUGGGUUGAAUCCAAAUCCGGCACAAUUCUCUCCCAGCUUCGUGACAUGGGCUCAUCCCUUGCAUGGAAGGACACAUACUACACACUCGAUGAGAAGCGCAGUGAAUCAGUCAUUGCUGCUUUCAUCAAACUCUUCGAUGAAGGUUUGAUCUACAGAAGCGAGCGCCUUGUCAACUGGGAUUGCGCCCUCAAGACAGCCAUUUCCGAUGCAGAAGUCGAAUACAUUACACUUACAAAGCGUACAAAAUUAAAUGUUCCAAACCACAAAUACCCACAAUAUCCAUUCGGCGUAAUGACACACUUCUACUACGAAAUCUGCGACAAGGAUGGAAAGAAGACCGGCGAAAAGGUCGAAAUCGCUACAACACGUCUCGAGACAAUGCUCGGUGAUACAGCUGUUGCAAUCAAUCCAAAGGACGCUCGUUACAACCAUCUCCACGGAAUGUAUGUCUGGCAUCCAAUCCGUGAAGUUCCAAUUCCAAUCAUCCAAGAUGAGAUCCUUGUCGAUAUGAAUUUCGGUACAGGUGUUGUCAAGGUCACACCAGGCCACGAUCCAAACGAUUACGAAGUUUACAAGCGCCAUCCAGAGAUUGGAUUAAUCUCAAUCUUGACACCAGACGGCGCCAUUGCUCCAGGCUACGGCCAGUUCUCCGGCAUGAUGCGUUUCGAUGCUCGUGUUGAGAUGGUCAAGUGGAUGAAGGAGCACGGCCUCUACAAGGAAGAGAAGGACCACGAAAUGAGAUUAGGUAUCACACAGCGCGGCCACGACAUUGUUGAACAAGUUAUCACACCACAGUGGUUUGUCAACACAACAGACAUGGCUGCCAGAGCCAUCAAAGCAGUCGAUGACGGCGAGUUGAAGAUUGUUCCAGACGAAUUCGUUGUUGACUGGAAGAAGUGGCACGAAAACAUCCGUCCAUGGUGCAUUUCCAGACAGUUGAUGUGGGGACACAGAAUUCCAGCCUACAGAGUCCAAAUCGACGGAAAGUGGGCAGAAGGAAAUGGAGAGUGGGUUGCUGCAGCAUCACAAGAAGAAGCAAUCGCUAAAGGUGCAAAGGCAAACAACGUAGUACCAUCAAGAGUCACUGUUGAACAAGAUCCAGAUGUUCUUGAUACAUGGUUCUCAUCUGCUUUACUUCCAUUCUCCGGUGUCGGCUGGCCAAGCAACGAAGAACGCCUCAACAGAUACUUCCCGAACUCAAUUCUCGAAACAGGCUGGGAUAUCUUAACAUUCUGGGUAUCAAGAAUGGUCAUGAUGUCAUUGACAUUGACAAACAAAGUUCCGUUCCACACAAUUCUUCUUCACCCACUCGUUAGAGAUGCACAGGGCAGAAAGAUGUCAAAGUCUCUCGGAAACGUCAUUGAUCCACGCCACGUCAUCAACGGUAUCGAAUUGGAAGAUUUAGUUGCUGAAAUCGAGAAUUCCACAUUCGAUGACAAAGAAAAGAAGAUCGCAAUCGACGGCAGAAAGGCUGACUUCCCUAACGGUAUCCCACAGUGCGGCACUGAUGCCAUGCGUCUCGCUCUCUGCUCAUUUGCAGGCGCAAACAGAACAGCCAACCUCAAUGUCUCUGUCAUUGUUUCAUACAGAAACUUCUGCAACAAGAUGUGGAACGCUGUUCGUUUCGCAUUGCCAAACUUCGACAAGUUCAACCCAGAAGAUUCCCACAAGGACCUCGAUGCAUCAAAGACAACACCAUUGGACAAGUGGGCACUCAAGAAGUUGUCUCUUGCAAUCAAGGCAGCAACAGCUGGUCUCCAGGACUUCAAGAUGGCUGACGCUGUUAAUGGAAUGACACACUUCUUCCACGACGAGUUCUGCUCUGUCUACUUGGAAGGCAUCAAGCCAAUCGUUAACGGCGAUGAUGCAGCAGCCAAGGAAGUUGUCGCAGCUGUAUUGUACGAGUGCAUUGAGUCAACAAUGAGAAUGCUCCAUCCAUUCAUGCCAUACGUCACAGAAGAGUUGUGGCAGCACUUACCAAGAAGAUUCAACGUCGAAUCAAUCAUGUUGGCUCCUUAUCCAUUAGUUAACGAGGAGUGGCUCAACUACGAUGUCUCCAUUGUUGACACUGCUUUUGCUACAGCUUCUGCUGCUAGAUCUAUCAAGAAGCAGUACAACAUCAACAACAAUAACUUGGAGGCAAUCAUCGUUACUUCUCAGGAUGAAAUCAAGCCAACAAUUCCAUUCAUCUCAGCUAUUGGCGGACUUGGAAAGGUCGACGUUGUUGCUCCAGGAACACAGAUCGCUGCUGGUUACGCUUCCUCUGUUGUUACAGAGACAGUUGAGCUGAGAAUCAACUUGAAGGGCGUCGUAGAUUUCGAGAAGGAACUCGAGAGAUUGGAGAAGAAGUUAGGCCCAUUACAACAACAGUUCCAGAAAUACGAAGAAAAGAUUUCUAAUCCUAACUACGCUACAAAGGUUAAACCAGAAGUCCAGGAACUCGAGAGAUCUAAGAUGGAAGCACUCAAGGUUCAAAUCGAAGCUAUCAACAAGAACAUCCAGGAAGUUAAGCAGUUAAUCGCUUAA